AUGGCCUUUCUUCUUCUUCUUCAUCAGUGCUAUGCGAGUGAUGACUUCUUCUUCAUCAGUGCGAGUGAUGACUUCUUCUUCAUCAGUGCGAGUGAUGACUUCUUCUUGUUCAUCAGUGCGAGUGAUGACUUCUUCUUGUUCAUCAGUGCGAGUGAUGACUUCUUCUUGUUCAUCAGUGCGAGUGAUGACUUCUUCUUGUUCAUCAGUGCGAGUGAUGACUUCUUCUUGUUCAUCAGUGCGAGUGAUGACUUUUCUUCUUCAUCAUCAGUGCGAGUGAUGACUUUUCUUCUUCAUCAUCAUGCGGUGAUGACUUUUCUUCUUCAUCAUCAGUGCGGUGAUGACUUUUCUUCUUCAUCAUCAGUGCGAGUGAUGACUUUCUUCUUCAUCAUCAGUGCGGUGAUGACUUUUCUUCUUCAUCAUCAGUGCGAUGCGAGUGAUGACUUUUCUUCUUCAUCAUCAGUGCGAGUGAUGACUUUUCUUCUUCAUCAUCAGUGCGGUGAUGAUGACUUUUCUUCUUCAUCAUCAGUGCGAGUGAUGACUUUUCUUCUUCAUCAUCAGUGCUUGAUGAUCUUUUCUUCUUCAUCAUCAGUGCGAAAGUGA